UGCUUUUUAACUAGAAUACGGUUUUCAUAAUUUUUUAUUCAGUCAAUUAGAGAAGUUAAAGCGGUGAUUAAUGUUAUUUUAAGAGGCUCAAAUAAACAAUGUUUCCUUAUAUAUUUUGCACAAAAAUGUUCCAAUUUUCUGCGCUACAUCUCUGUUUGCUGAUCGGUGCAUCAUUUGGAAGCGUAUAUUUCGAAGACAAUUUUGUCGAUGAUUCAUGGAAGGAUGACUGGAUCUACAGCAACCACCCAGGAAAGGAGUUCGGAAAGUUCUUUCUAAGUGCAGGCAAAUUCUACAACGACGAAAAAUUAGAUAAAGGGCUUCAGACGUCUCAAGAUGCCCGAUUUUACGCGAUAUCAAAGAAAUUUGGUUCAUUUAGUAACCAAGACAAGCCGUUGGUUGUACAAUUUUCUGUUAAACAUGAACAAAACAUUGAUUGCGGUGGAGGAUAUGUGAAAUUGUUUGACUGCACGUUAGAUCAAUCAGACAUGCAUGGGGAGUCUCCCUAUGAAAUUAUGUUUGGCCCAGACAUCUGUGGUCCAGGCACAAAAAAAGUACAUGCAAUAUUUAGUUACAAAGGAAAAAAUCAUUUAAUAAAGAAGGACAUCAGAUGUAAAGAUGACGUCUACACGCAUUUCUAUACUCUGAUCGUGAAACCAGACAAUACGUACGAGGUGUUAAUUGAUAAUGAGAAGGUGGAGUCGGGUAAUUUGGAAGACGACUGGGACUUCUUACCACCUAAAAAAAUAAAAGAUCCUGCCGCCAAAAAGCCGGAUAAUUGGGAUGAUAAGCCAACUAUUGCUGACCCUGAUGACAAAAAGCCUGAGGACUGGGAUAAGCCUGAACAUAUUCCUGAUCCGGAUGCUACAAAACCGGAAGAUUGGGACGAUGAAAUGGACGGAGAAUGGGAACCUCCCAUGGUCGAUAAUCCCGAGUUUAAAGGCGAAUGGCAACCCAGGCAACUGGACAAUCCUAACUACAAAGGCCCGUGGGAACAUCCUGAAAUUGAGAACCCCGAAUAUACUCCGGAUGAUAAGUUAUAUUUGCGCAAAGAAAUUUGCACAAUUGGGUUUGACUUGUGGCAAGUUAAAUCUGGAACAAUUUUCGAUAAUAUACUUAUUACGGAUGACAUUGAAUUAGCGUCAAAAAUUGCGUCAAAUGUGAAAAACACCCAAACUGGAGAAAAAAGUAUGAAGGAAGCGCAAGAUGAAGAGCAAAGAAAGAAAGAUGAAGAAGAAUCGAAGAAAGGACUCGAUCAAGAAGAUGAAGGCAAAGAUGAUUUAUUAGAAUCGGAUUCAUCAAAGGAACAUGAUGAACUCUAAACAAAAAUUUUUUGUAAACAAUUUUUUUAUCCGUACAAUUUUAAAUAAAAA